UGGAUUUUAGUACAGCAUACAGCAUACACCCAUUGUAAAUACAAAUAUUACACUGCAUUAUGUUGCUACCACCAAGUUUCUUGGGAAUUCUAACGCUUAUUGUUUUGCUUCCAUGCUUUGAUUGUAAAUUGUGUAAUGAGAACCCUCCUACAUCCUAUUUGUGUACGUUUCAAAAUGGAUCGAAAAUUGACCUCACUUCGCUAGGACUGAAAGACAAACCAGGGUUUAGUUUCAAGGAAGAUAGUUCAACAAUAUAUACGUACAAUCCUCGUUACAACUUCACCAUCGAUAGAGUCUGUAAAGAUGCUGCAGCAUGUCAGUCAGUGAGCAACGCUGAUACUGUCUCCAACUACCUGCUUGCUACACAAGAGGUUGAUUCUUGGAGUGAAUGCACAAGCAGCUCUAAAGAAAAAGCAACUUGCAUUAAAUUUAAGGAAGCAAAAACAACAGAAGUCAGAAAAACUAUUUUAGAACUGAUUUGUGAUUUGGAAGGUGGAGAUAAUAAUGAAUUUAAAUUUGAAAAAGAAGACCCAAAGCUUACUUAUCAUAUGAGUUUAAAGUCGAAGUACGCAUGCCCGAUUACUAGUGGAUUCAGGUUUGUACAUACACCAGUGUGAACAGAGCUAUGCCAGAAACACGGGGAGGGGCUGAAGACGUGACAAGUAAGACACUAGUAAGAGACUUACAUGGAAGGGAAGGGUAUGGAAGAGGAUUUAUAACUAUUGAAUAAUGAAUUUGGUUUUUUAAAAAUAUUGUUGCAAAUAUUAGAUGACCUUAACAUUAUAUUUCUUUUUUCUUUUCAGAGAGACCAAAGUGUAAACAAAGUCCUACAUAAUACAGAUAUUCAUAUAAAUUUAUUUUACACGCAUUAAAACCUAAGAUGAUAAUAUAAAAUAUGUAUUGUAGAUUGUGGCCAUAUUAGAUAGUAAUUGUUUUAAAGAAAGUGAAAUUUUUAUUUGGAUAUGUAACAGGGGUGUUUGUGAAUAUUUAUUUGUAUGUACAGAAGUAUUAUUUAUUUAUUAAUUUGUAGUGAUUUUACAUGCAUACAAGUGCUAUUAUGUAUUCAUUGUUGUGUUACGUACAUCCAUCUGUAUUUGUCGUAAAUCUCUUGUAUAUUCCGAAAUAGCAUCGUCAACAUGAAUUCUAUUUCUGAGAGCUGUUGAAUUCG